AUGCAUGGCACGGAAAUUGCGUCCGUAAAAUUGGUUGGACAACUUUCAUCGAACUGGAAACAACUGGACCCUGAGUCCCGGAAAGAUUCCAAGAAGAUAGAUUAUUGGGCAUCAUGGCAGAAACGAACCGACUGGACCCACGCGGGCAAGUAUGGGAUAGGGCAAAACAUACCAUAUGAACAAAAACUCAUUGAAUACGGCGAAGAAAUGCCUCCUCCAGAUGGUGGGGACCAGGGAGAUAACAAGAAGCUAUCGUGGGCUUUAAAACGGGACUAUGAGACUUCCUGGCUUAACCCUCAAACACCACUCACGUCCGCAGACUGGUGGAAUGCCAACCAACCGACAUGGUACAAACCCAAAUACAAUGGGCCUCUUACCAUGGACUCGGUUCUUUGCGCGGUCAAUCAUUUUAAUCAGGGCAACGUGUAUAAACUACCUGGUGUGAAAGUCAAGUCAGAUGGAACACCAAUCGGCGUGCAAAAAGAGUACAACGCAUAUUGCAAAAGAACCAACCAGGGUGGUAUGGCCCCCCCUGCUUGGGGCGUCGAUUUUACCAUGGGAAGAUGUCUCAUUCGUUUCCAAAACAGCGCAAGCAGCAGCUCGGGCACAUCUAAACGGGACGCUCAGAAGUGGGGUGAAUGGGAAGUUGAAAGCAUUGAAUAUGUGGAGGAUGUGGACGAUGCCGAGAUGGCUCAGUUAUUGAAGCCUGCGGAUCUGGAUGGUUCUGAACAUGAAAGGUAA